CCGCGAGAUAGCCGAAGUUCAUAUUUACGAACGGCAACCCCGACAAGUUUUCUGGACCCUCCUGAUGGCUACAGAGGCCCUUCCUCCUCUUGAACCACUUUUUCGCCGAAAUGGUAAACGGACUCAUGCCGUAUUUGCCUCUUGCCCCGACGACAGCAUAGCGGAUGAAGAGAGAAGUAUGAGACUCAAACUCUCAGUCAAGAUCCACGAUGAAUACCGAGACUUCAAAGAACUUCCACCAGCGUUACUCUCACAACAAGGACCGGUGGGACCGUCACGUCCGAAGGAGUCCAGAAAGUUGAUUACCGCAGGACCUGCCGAUGAGGAUACCUCUCGUAUGAUUGCAAAACUAGACAACACACCCCCCGCACGCCCAUCUACAUUUGCUUCAGCCAGUAAACUGUCACAGGCACUUACCCUUCAUAAAACCACACGAACAGUAAAACCCACUUAUCACCCACCUUGGAAGCUUGUCCGUGUUAUAUCUGGUCAUUUGGGCUGGGUGCGGAGUGUUGCGGUAGAACCUGGAAAUCAGUGGUUUGCAACCGGGGCGGGAGAUCGAGUUGUAAAAAUCUGGGAUCUGGCUUCUGGAGAGCUCAAGCUUUCAUUAACAGGUCAUAUAUCAACAGUCCGAGGGCUCGCUGUAUCUCCGCGACACCCGUACCUUUUCUCUUGCGGCGAGGAUAAGAUGGUGAAGUGCUGGGACCUCGAGGCGAACAAGGUUAUUCGGCACUACCACGGACACCUAUCGGGAGUGUACGCAUUAACUAUACAUCCUACGCUCGAUCUGUUGGUCACCUCUGGAAGAGAUGCUUCGGCACGUGUUUGGGACAUGAGAACAAAAGCCCAAAUACACGUUCUCUCUGGGCACACGGCUACUGUUGCAGACGUCAAAUGUCAAGAAUCCGACCCUCAAGUAAUAACUGGGAGCAUGGAUUCUACGGUCCGUUUAUGGGACCUUGCUGCGGGCAAGACCAUGGUCACCCUUACACACCACAAAAAAUCUGUUCGAGCAUUAGCCAUUCAUCCGACGGAGUAUUCUUUUGCCUCUGGCUCAGCUGGCGGUAACAAUAUCAAGAAGUGGAAAUGUCCGGAAGGAGCUUUCGUGUUCAAUUUCAGCGGACAUAACGCCAUCAUAAACACGCUAUCAGUCAAUGCCGAAGGAGUUUUUUUUUCUGGAGCUGACAACGGGAGCUUGACCUUUUGGGAUUAUAACACUGGAACACCCUUCCAGCAUUUGGACGAUAUCCCACAGCCUGGGUCACUGGAGGCGGAAGCCGGCGUUUUCUGCUCGACAUUUGAUAUGACCGGUACUCGACUUAUCACAGGUGGUGCUGAUAAAACCAUCAAGGUAUACGCGGAACAGUCUCAAUAGUAUUCCUACUGAUGUUAUCGGUGUAUCAAUACAUACUGUACUGUUUAAUUCUUCAUCUCCGUCAGUGAUAGUCAAACCGGCCUCAUGGGCCCUUAACCCGGUC